AUGCCGGAAGAACACCCUAUACCCCGAAAACUAUGGGAACACCCCAACCCACAGAGCACAGAAAUGUACAGAUUCAUCAAGGCACUCGAAGCGCGGCAGGGUCGAGCGUUCCGCGACUACCACGAGGUGUACGACUGGUCAUGCACGAAGCGUUCCGACUUUUGGAAAUUCGUGCUUGAAUAUUUCCCUGUCGUCUAUUCGGGCACAGUCCCCGACCAGGCUGUCGACGAGUCCGCGCGCAUGGACUCGAUCCCGAAAUGGUUCCCGGGCGUGAAGAUGAACUUUGCCCAGAACAUUUUGUUCUCCGGGACGCGCGACGGGAAGCCCGUCGUCGACGCGGCCAAAGCAGACGACAAGAUCGCGUGCACGCAGGUGCGCGAGGGGAGCUUCCUCGAACCAAUCCGCCAUGUCACCUGGAGAGAGCUGCGCCAGAGGGUGGGUUCGUUGUCGCAGGCCAUGAAGGCCCGAGGGGUACGAAAGGGAGAUCGGAUUGCCGUCGUUUCAAGCACGAGUAUCGACACCCUGACGGUCUUCCUGGCCGCCACAACGCUAGGCGCCAUGUUCAGCUCCAGCAGCACGGACAUGGGCGUCAAGGGCAUCCUCGACAGGCUCUUACAGAUCAAGCCUAGGUAUCUGUUUAUGGACGAUGCGGCACUGUACAAUGGCAAGAAAGUCGAUUUGCGGCCCAAGAUGAAAGACAUCGUGGCUGGCAUGGGCGGCGUGCCUGAAUUCCAGGGUAUCGUGGCCCAAGCAAGGUACGAACACUCUCCGGUCGACAUUUCUUCUGUUCCGCGAGCCCAGACUUGGGCGGACUUCCUGUCUGCGGCCAAGUCGUCUGCGCUUGAGUUCGAAGAGAUGAAAUUUGCCGAUCCCUUUCUCGUCGUCUACUCGUCGGGAACGACAGGACAGCCAAAGUGCAUUGUCCACGCCAUCGGCGGCGUUGUCCUCAACGGGCGCAGGGAGGCACAACUCCAUCGCCAAAUUGGACCAGACUCGAUACAAUUACAAUACACCACUACAGGUUGGAUCAUGUAUAUGUCCAGUGUACUGGCGCUACUAACGGGUUGUCGGAUGAUCAUGUACGAUGGAAGCCCAUUUGUGCCCGGGCUCACCGACUUUCUCAAGCUGGUAGGACAGGAGAAGGUGACACAUCUGGGCAUAAGCCCAAGAUAUUUACAAACCCUUCAGAGUGGCGGCAUCAUCCCCAAGAAGGUGACCGACCUGAGUAAUUUGCAGGUGGUAACCAGCACAGGCAUGGUGCUUUCGGAGCAACUCUUUGAGUGGUUCUACGACGAGGGAUUUCCACCUUCAGCCCAGUUGGACAACAUCUCCGGGGGGACGGACUUGGCCGGCUGCUUUGGGUGUGGCAAUCCUCUCCUACCGCUGUAUUCGGGUGGUUGCCAAUCCCGUUCCCUCGGAGUCCCUGUGAUGGUGUGUGAACAGACUGUCGAGAGUGGGAAGCCUGUCCCUGUCGAAGACGGCGUACCGGGAGAACUGGUGGCGUGGGCGGCUUUCCCUACCAUGCCCAUCACGUUCAUGGGAGACAACGGACCCAAACGAUACUUUGACAGCUAUUUUGCGCGGUUUGACAACGUCUGGACCCAUGGCGAUUUCAUCAUGAUCCAUCCCGUGACGAAACAGGUCAUGUUCUUGGGUCGUUCAGACGGCGUGUUGAACCCAAGCGGUGUCCGUUUCGGGUCGGCUGAGAUAUACAACAUCAUCGAAGCGAAGUUUGCGGACAAGAUCAGUGACAGCAUCUGUGUCGGACAGAGGCGACCGCAAGAUACCGAUGAACGAGUUGUUCUGUUCUUGUUGAUGAAGCCUGGACAUGAGUUCACUCCCAAGUUAAUCAGAGAGGUCAAGGAGGCUAUUCGGAAAGAGACCAGUCCUCGACACGUUCCCAAGUUUGUGUUUGAAACCAAGGAGAUUCCAACAACGGUCAACCUGAAGAAAGUGGAAUUGCCCAUUAAGCAGAUAGUAUCCGGCAAGGUCAUCAAACCAUCCGGAACACUUGCGAACCCACAGUGUUUGGAGUAUUAUUACCAGUUUGCAAAGGAUGAGAAUCUUGUUGAUCUGGCCGAGACAAAGGCGAAACUGUAG